AUGUGGGUGUGUUGCGGUGGGGUGCUGCGGGUGUUGCUGUUGGUGCAGGCGGCGUGGUGGGUGUCGGUGGGUCAGGUGCGGUACUCGGUGUCGGAGGAAGCCAAGGUCGGGACGGUGGUGGGGCGUGUGGCGCAGGACCUGGGCCUGGAGGCGGGCGAUGCGGAGGCGCGGCGGCUGCGUCUGGUGGCGCAGGGCCGGCGGGCGAGCGUGGAGGUGAGCGGGGCGAGCGGGGAGCUGGUGGUGAGCUCGCGGCUGGACCGGGAGGAGCUGUGCGGGAAGAGCGCGCCGUGCGCCCUGCGGCUGGAGGUGCUGGUGGAGCGGCCGCUGCGCGUCUUCCACGUGGAGCUGGAGGUCACCGACAUCAACGACAACGCCCCGGUCUUCCCCGUCGCCAGAAAAAACCUCAGCAUCGUGGAAUUUAAUACUCUUCCCGGUUCCCGUUUUCCGCUGGAGGGCGCGUCGGAUGCAGAUGUCGGAUCUAACGCGCAGCUCUCCUACACGCUCAGCCCCUCCGAGCACUUCUCGUUGGAUGUACAAAAAUCCAAUGAGCGAAAUACUGUACCCGAUCUUGUAUUAACGAAAGCCCUGGACCGGGAGACGGUUCCGGUGCACCGCCUGGUGGUGACGGCGAGUGACGGGGGCCGUCCGUCUCUGACGGGCACGAUGGAGCUGGUGAUCUCGGUGCUGGACGCCAACGACAACGCGCCCCAGUUCAACCAGUCGGUGUAUAAAGUGCAGCUGCCCGAGAACGCUGCAGAGGGGACACUGGUGACGCGGGUGAACGCCACGGAUCCGGACGAGGGGAGCAACAGUGAGGUGACCUACACAGCAACCAAUUUCAUUCCGCCGAGUGGAAGAGAUGUGAUUGCCGUCAACCCGAAGACGGGGGAGAUCCGUCUGACUGGUGCCCUGGACUUUGAAGACGUCAGUUUCUUUGAUUUUCGGAUUGAAGCGAGAGACAAUGGUUGGCCCUCGCUGUCGGGUCACUGCAGUGUUGAGCUGGAAGUGUUGGACGUGAACGACAAUGCGCCCGAGGUGCGGGUGACGUCGCUGUCGGUGCCGGUGUCGGAGGAUGCGUCGGUGGGGACGGUGGUGGCCCUGCUGAGCGUGUGGGACGGUGACUCGGGGGCGAACGGUCGGGUGCGGUGCUGGGUGCGUCCGUCGUCGCCGUUCGGUCUGGUGUCGAGGUUGUCGGGGUCGUACUCGCUGGUGGUGCGUGAGGCGCUGGACCGCGAGCGGGUGUCGGAGUACGAGGUGGAGGUGUUGGCGGAGGACGGCGGGUCGCCGUCGCUGUCGGGGAGGCGCGGGGUGCGUGUGUCGGUGUCGGACGUGAACGACAACGCGCCGAGUUUCUCGCAGGCGGUGUACACGGUGCUGACGCGGGAGAACAACGCGGCGGGCGCGGAGCUGGGUCGCGUGUGGGCGCGUGACCCGGACGAGGCGGGGAACGGUCGCGUGAGGUACUCGUUGUCGGAGGCGGUGGUCGGGGGGUGGCGGUCGGCGUCGAGCUACGUGUCGGUGGACGCGGAGAGCGGUCGCGUGUGGGCGGUGCAGGCGCUGGACUACGAGGAGGUGCAGGUGCUGGAGUUCGAGGUGCGGGCGGUGGACGCGGGGGAGCCGCCGCUGAGCGGCAACGCGACGGUGCAGGUGUUCGUGGUGGACGAGAACGACAACGCGCCGUCGCUGCUGCCGCCUGCGGGCGGCGGGGCGGGUGUGGAGGCGGGCGGGGGAGCGGGUGGGGAGUCGUGGUCUGUGGAGGGUUCGUCGGGCGCGGUUCCGUCUUUGUGGGCGUGGACGUCGUGGGGUUCUCCGGCGGGGCAGGUGGUGGCGAAGGUGCGUGCGGUGGACGCGGACUCGGGGUACAACGCGUGGCUGCGGUACGAGCUGUGGGAGCCGCGGGGGAAGGUGCCGUUCCGCGUGGGUCUGUACAGCGGCGAGGUGAGGACGACGCGGGCGCUGGAGGAGGCGGACGGCCCGCGUCAGAGGCUGGUGAUCGUGGUGCGGGACCACGGGGAGCCGCCGCGCUCGGUGACGGCCACGCUGAGCGUGUCGCUGGUGGAGGGCGUGGAGGCGGCGGCGGCGGUGGCCGCGGGGUCGUCGGGUCCGCGGGCGUCGUCGGUGGCGGAGGAGGUUUCGUUGUUUUCGUCGCCGUCGUCGAGGAACGUGUGGCUGGUGGUGGCCAUCUGCGCGGUGUCGAGCCUGUUGGUGCUGGCGGUGGUGCUGUACGUGGCGUCGCGGUGGUCGGCGCGGGCGGGCGUGGUGUCGGGGCCCGGUCCGACGACGCUGGUGUGCGCCAGCGAAGUGGGGAGCUGGUCGUACUCGCAGCGGCAGAGCCGGAGCCUGUGCGUGGCGGAGGGCGCGGGCAAGAGCGAUCUGAUGGUUUUCAGCCCCAACUUCCCGCCGCCGCCCGGCGCCGCGGCGAAGGAGACGCAGCCGGAGCCGCCCGCUCUGCUGGACACGGUCAGUGGCCCUCCCUGUCCCGGCACUCGCCCUGAUUUCCGUAGCCGCCCCUUACUCCUCCUCUUUGCCCUCCUAACCCGUCCCAUGUUUCUGGGCUGGUCGUAG